AUGACUACCACAACUCCCUUCAUCCGAAAUUCUCUCUUCUGUUCCACUGCCACCAACACACCAACACCACCAAAGCAAAGACCCAUGAUGAAGGUCAACCUCCUCAUCGCAGUACUCCUUACUGCUUCCACCGCCGCUGCCGCCGCAAUCUCGAGUUUCUCUGCCAACACUUCCAUCUUGGUCAACAUCAAUCUCCCUGCACCGCCGCACCCACACCCUGAUCCUGCGCUGCAUUACGACAUCACAUGCAUCGAGCCGAGCAAGGACACUAUGUGGAUGGGAUAUGAAGACUACUGGCACACACUGGACAUUUUCUGUCGCUACCUUUCCGAUCCCGAUGAGGGAAUUGAAUUCGAUCAGGGCCAGGUCUUCGGCGCCGCUGACAGCCUAUGCAACCCGGUCCGCUGCAUGUUCGCUUCAGCUCAGUACCUGUGCAAAAAGCCCAAGGCGACUGUGGAGUGGAAACAAUGCAUGCUCAGCAUGCAGUAUCCGUACCAGACUGGCAGUGAGUACCACGUGGGCAAAUGCAUUGAGAAAAGCGGUCUAGCAAUGAGGGGCGCAAGCACGAUUGAGCCAACGGGAUGCUGGAAGUUCUCCGCCGAAGUUCACAAGCCAAUGCCAGAGACGUUCAGUGAUUCUGAUUGGUGA